AUGUACGACUUUCUAGUAAAGGAAAUGCGGAUUUAUUCUUGGAAGCUUCUCUGCAUCAAUUCAAGGGAUGAGGGCGAGCUAUACCCCAUUUUGUCUCUAUCUGAUAAGGAUGGGGAGACGCCUACCUUAGAUUAUGCGGGCAACUUUAUCAAUUGCCAAUCGUUAGCCCACGAGCACGUUGGAAGUGUAACUCCGCAUCGUCACUAGGUAGUUACCGGUACCGGUACAUUUUAGCUUUCAGGUAGUAGAUCCCACCCAGUGCUUUCAACCUUUUCCUAUUCGCUAUCUUUCUUAUUUAAAAAAUAACAUACAUUUGUGUGGCUGGCAGCGAAGGCAGUUGGUGGUAUAAAAGUUCCUCGCCCACAUUCAAUCUCUAAGUGAGAAAGCUGGAACUUCGGCCAAGGUCUAAUCCUCCCAGUUUGCGUGAUUCCCUUAUCAACCACUGGUUUCUUGUCAAGCAUAGGUGUCAUUUACGGGAUUUCCACGUUCAAUUAUCUGUGCCAUCAGGAGACAUGGCCAAGCUUGUCCUCGUCACCUUGAUUUCAGCGGGAUACUUUGUUUCUUCUACCCAAGCUGGAGCCGAAGUAGGAAAAGGAUCUCAAUUACCGGGGGCACCAUCCUUCGUUGUCCCGUCGGCAUUUCCAACCUCAGUGUUUUCGAGUUAUUAUCUCAAACCUGCUGCAACCGCCGAGCCUCAACCAGCGUUGUACGAUCCGAUACUAAACAUCACCUUUCCAGUUAAUCUUACUGAUCCUGCAACCAUACCAACUGCUACUGAUGAUCCAGUAUACUAUCCGGAGGCUGUCGGCAAUCCAAGCAAUACACCUCCUGAAACAUUGCUCCAGAAUGCGCUAAACGAGGUUAAGGAUAUUAUUUACAAUGAAACUGGGCUCUCAAACAAUUGUUCAAAAUGUAUUGCUGCAUUGAGCGUAGGGAAAACUCUCGCCCAGCAAGCUCCAGAAUAUGUACCUGAUGCUUUAAUCUUGUUAUGUCAAGCCACGGGCUUUGCAUCGAACACCACGUGCAGAAAUAACUAUGCACCAGGAAGUUGGGGCGCAAUAUGGGCACAAGUGCUAGCAUUGGCCGAUGUUGCUGAAUCAGACGGUCAAUAUAUAUGUAGUUCCCUGAGCACAACUUAUUGUCCACUCCCCAGCGCAGCGCCAUUAAAUACUACCGGAUUGUGGAAGCCAAAGCCGGCUAACGCAACGGCUCCAAAACCAAGUGGACAACGAAAGAAAGUCCUCCACCUUUCGGAUUUUCACCUUGACCCUAGAUAUCAAGUUGCUUCUGAGGCAAACUGCUCUUCCGGUUUGUGCUGUAGAUACACAGAUGCGCCCACUUCUCAAGCAAUAUUUCCGGCACCAUUAUAUGGGUCUUACAAAUGCGAUACUCCAUAUUUCCUUGCGCUAGCAGCUCUUCAAUCCAUUGGGGCUAUGACCGGUACCAAAGGCUAUGGAUCGGAACCCGCUUUCACAAUCUAUACAGGUGAUCUCGUUUCCCAUGAUGCUCAAAACCAAAUGUCACGAGAAUAUGUUGAGUACACGGAGACUAGUAUCUACUCAAUUCUGAAAUCAUACAUCAAGAACCCUAUCUUCCCCGUACUAGGAAACCAUGAUUCAACCCCGGAAAAUAUUGAUAGUCCCCACAGCUUACCUGGCCCUUUGGGUAAGCAGUUUAGCUGGAACUACGAUCAUGUCUCUUCCUUGUGGCAGCACGAAGGGUGGCUGAGCAAAGCAGAUGCCGAGGAAGCUGCUAUUCACUACGCUGCUUAUUCCGUGAAAACGCAUCUCGGACUUCGGAUUAUUACAUUAAAUACCGACUUUUGGUACAGGUCUAAUUAUCUUAACUUCAUCAACACGACAGACCCUGAUGUUUCCGGCUCGUUUAGAUUCAUGAUAGAUGAGCUUCAGAUGGCGGAAGAUGCUGGCGAGAGGGUCUGGAUUCUUGGCCACGUAUUGUCAGGGUGGGACGGAACCAAUCCACUACCAAACCCAACAAAUCUUUUUUAUCAAAUAGUCGACCGUUACUCACCCCAUGUCAUCGCCAACGUCUUCUGGGGUCAUACGCAUGAAGAUCAAGUGCUUAUUUACUACUCUAACAACGGAACCAUGCAGACCUCCUCAACCGCGUUAACAACCGGAUGGAUCGGACCCAGCGUAACUCCACUGACCAACAUGAAUUCCGGCUAUCGCAUGUAUGAGAUAGACACCGGUUCAUUUCAAAUCAUGGACGCAUAUACAUUCUACUCUGACGUCAACACCUAUUCUUCCCUUAACGGUACUGGCCCUACCUUCCAAUUCGAAUACUCCACAAGAGCUACGUACGGACCUUCCAUUUCGUGGCCAGAAGAUGCGCCGCUCAAUGCAACGUUUUGGCAUGGUGUUACGGAAGCGAUGGAGAAAAACAGAACGUUGGUAGAGCUGUUCAAUACAUUUCAGGGGAAAAGUUCGAUCAAAAGCCCUAAUUGUACAAGUGAUGCUUGUGCGCAGGCAAAGGUAUGUUAUAUAAGGAGUGGAAGUGCGCCGAUCGGGAGGGCUUGUCCGCAAGGAUUUGCGAGCGUGCAGAGUCCUUAUCUUGGGAAGAACUUUUGAGGGAAAGGGGGGAUGAUGCGCAACGUAAAAAGUCUAGAUGAAGCCACCAGCUUACUGGCCGAGCGCUUAAUGACCUAAUAAAAUACAUUCAGCCCAUGAUCAUAUUUUAAUCCCUGAUUUACACCGUAAAGGUGUAAACAAUAGUUCACUAUUCAAAACGUUUGUUUGUCGCUUCAAUUGCGAGAAGAAAUUGAGAAAUGAAUAACGACUAUCACACGUUACUUGGGUGAUUGUACCCCCAUCAGUUUUCAUUGGAAUCC